CCGUUUAUAUGCAGUGGGGGAUGGUCACCCUGCUUCUUGAAGUCAAUGAUGAGCUCUUUUGUUUUUUUUGUGUUGAGUGCUAAGUUAUUCUCUGAGUACCUCUAGUUAAAAUUCCCGUUAGUUAAAAUUCCCCGCUGAUUAUUUCAGCUUUUUAUUUUACAGAGGUGCAGGAGCGACGUUCCGGUGAGCUCCGGCAGCACUGCACCCCUACACCCCUACAGCAGAACUCGCUAAAUAGCCGUCGCACCGGACGUGUUAAGAGCUUGCUGCGGGCCGGAUAAAGUUUUGUGGAGGGUCGGAUGUGGCCCGCAGGCCAUAGUUUGGAGACCCCUGGUAUAGACUGUUGUACACCUCAAACACCUCACCUUCUUCUUGCGUAUGGCGUGCACAGCCAAAAGUUGUAGGACAACUUGUUGUAUUUGAUCUUAUUUGAUUCUGCACGCCAGGUUGAUUGCAUUCGUCGAAACGGGGCGGACCACGUGAAGGUUACAAUCUCCCACCCCACCUCAAACACUAUUAAGGUGUACAAUUCAUUAAUACAUUAAACCAAGCUGCCAGUUAGAAUCUGUUAUUGAACAUAUUCAUUUUCCCAACCUUUGAACUCUGCUUCACGCCAGCUGGUAUUUGCUAUUUAACAUACACACUCAUUACCAUUAUGCCUCCAAUACACACAGACUUGCUAUUAACACAUUUGUUGUCACUACCUUUGAAGUCAACUGUGUGCAAAGUUCAGAGGAUGCCACUAAUAUCAGUUGUCAACAUAUUCAUCAUCCUUACCUUGACACAUGCAGCGCUCAGAAGCCACCAGCUGGUAUUUGCUAGGAUCAUAUACACUGUUAUUAUCUGUGUAUCCUGUUUCAUGCAGAACAGAGAAACUGCAAUCUCGUGACAGGUAUCAACAUAUUGAGUAUCCUUACCUUUGUACUCCGUUGCGUACGGAACAAAAAAAUUGCUGCUUUUGUAUAAUGCUAAGAGUAACGUAUAGAUCCGUAGUCCACAAUAAGGUAGGUUGGAAGAUUUUGACUACACCCCAGCUUGUCAAAGGACUGUUCAGCAACCUGAUAACAGAGACAGAAGUUGUUCUUGAACUUGGUGAUACAUUCCUUCAAGCAUUUGUAUCUUCUGCCUGAAGGGAGGAGGGAGAAGAGGGAAUAACUGGGGUGAAGGUAAUGUUGGCUGUUUUCUCAAGGCAUCAUGAGUGUAGAUGUAGAGCAGUGGUUUUGGCGCUUUCGAGCCUUUUUGGCACCAGAACGCCCAUAGGUGAACAAAAUACUGUUUGUGGCAUGUACCUUUGUUAGGUUCCUAAACAUGGGCUCAACAAAUUGAUAUGUCUGAAGAAGGGUUUCGGCCCGAAACGUUGCCUAUUUCCUUCGCUCCAUAGAUGCUGCUGCACCCGCUGAGUUUCCCCAACAUUUUUGUCUACCUGCAAAUUGAUAUGUUAUUUGUGUUCCCUUCAUGACCCCUCGGCAAAGCCCCAAAUGACCCCCAAAGGAGGUCACUACCCCCAGGUUAAGAACCACUGAUGUAGCGUGUAGAUGGCAUCCCACCUGGUCCAACCUGCCAUCCCACCUAGAACCUUGGAACGUGAGAACAUUUCAAGUUACUCUUUUAUUAAUUGUAUAUUUAUAACCAUAAUUAACUAUUUUUCAGUAAAUUCUGCUCGUUUAAGGUGAUACCAUGGCUUUGAAGGAAGAUAAGGAUGAUGAAUUUGUUCCAAAAGAAUCCAGAAAAUUAAUCAAGAAAGUGAAUCACGCGGGCAUGUUAUCUGUGCCGACUUUCGGCCUAUCUUCUGGAGGUAUCAGUCUCUUGGGGAAUACCCGACCAUUCGUUGGCCGAUGCUGCUACAUCUGUGCUCCACAAAGCUGGGGCUUGCUUUUCCAUAAUUACUUACCCUUGCUGGGAUUUCGAAAUGCUAUUCUUGUGACUGAGAAGCAAACAAGGUACCGAGGGUGGCUGGCUCGACGCCUCUGCUACAUCCUGUUUCUUGCUGAACGCAAGGUUUACCCCGAUGUACCUCCUUUGCAACACACAAUCAUCGACAGUCCCAGAGUGCAGGAUGCUGUGAAGGAAAACAUAGCUGACACUACUGAGUCUGACCAGAAGUCACCUUGUAAUGUGGAGAACGUCAUUGGAAUCCUGCACCAAAUCCAGGCUAGCAUCUCGCCCCUCUUCCUCAGAAUAACCGGCUGGAUCCUGCUGAAAGUGUUUAACAGGGUAUUUGUAAACCUGCAAGUCCAUCGUGGGCAAGUUGAGAUGCUAAGGAAGGCAAGGGAAGAGUAUGACGGUCCAUUCGUCUUUUUCCCUGUCCAUAAGUCUCGGCUGGAUUACCUGCUGGUUACCUUUGUUCUUCUCUGCCACAGUAUCAGAGUCCCAUACAUCAUCUGUGGUGAAGAUGCCCGACUUCCGUUUCUCAGGACUCUGCUGCAGAGAUUGGGAGGGAUCUUCACUCCUCCGCUAGUGCAUGGAACUGCGAUGAGUCCCGGGAAGAACUUGUGCAAGACUCUCUUAAAUUCGUAUGUGGAGAAAUUACUGAAGGCUCAGCAAAGUCUGGUGGUGUAUCUAGAAGACCCAGUUCCAUCUUGUGGACAUCCCUCUUGCACGGGAUUGGAGUGGCUAGCAGGAGUGUUCAGUGCUUUUCACCACCAUUCAAUACCAAAUGCGGUGCUGAUACCUGUGGGGGUGUCUUAUGAUCGUGUUGUGGAGAACAACAGCUUUGAGCAGAUGGGUACUAGAGGGACGACAAUCUUUGGAGCAGUUUGUUGGAUACUCAGAUUUCUACUCAAGCGAUACGGCUGCGUUCGAGUGGAUUUUGGACAACCAUUUUCUUUGAAGGAUUACGUAGAAAAUGAUGGGAUUCACUUCCGUCCCCCUGCAGUGCCUCUACAGAGAAUCUUACUGCCAUACAUACUUGGAUACAGCUCUGACUCUGUGUUCUGCGAGAAGUCCCAGGACUGGCUUGUGAACGGUGAAGGUUGGACUCAACUGGACAAGCGACACCAAACACUAGUUGCUGAUCUGGGAAAGCACCUGAUUCACAAUGCGAGGUGCUGCUCUGCCAUCAUGUCGACUGCCAUCCUGGCCUCCCUGCUGCUCCACAAACACCCACAGGGUGCCUUCCUUCCCACGUUGGCAAAGGAUUUCUGCUGGUUAAUGAAUGAAGUUCUUGCAAGGCAUUUUGAUGUGGGCUUCGCUGGAAAGCUCCAGGAUAUCGUGCUGCGUGCCCUGUUCUUGCUGAGAGACAGCGUGCUGAUCAGGAGCUUUUCACAGAGCAAUAUCAUUGUGAUACCAAAGACUACCAGCAAGGCUGUGCAGGAGCUCAGCUUGUACAGCAACACUAUCCUCCCCGUCUUUGUAUGUGAAGCUGUGGCUGCCUCUGCUUUAAAUUCCCUUUUGAAGGAAGCAGCAAAAUACAUAACAGACCUGGACUCCAAUCUGGAAGUUGUAAUCAGUCAGGAGGAACUUAUCUGCAAAACUGUUCAGCUGUGUCAUUUAUUGCCCAGUGAAGUACUACUUUUACCGCCCUGCCAGUCGGUGUACCAGUUUUCACAGGAAGCGGUGGACAAACUGACCUACUGCGAGAUUCUGGAGGAGAGUGAGAGCGGGGAGCAGGCCUGUGAUGUUUGGCAGCGGUGGUUUACCAAGGAGCUGACGUGGAAGGUGACGGGUGAUAUUGAUGACUGCGACAGUGAUUGUGAAGAAGAGAUCGUGAAGCGAUACUUCAAGCUCGGACGAAGCAGUGAGAGCCAUGCCUUCUUCCUCUUCCUCUGCAGCUUGCUGCAGUCUCUGCUGAAGGCCUAUGAGAUGGCAGCCGGCCUGCUCAACAAAGCCAGCUUUCCCAUCGAAGAGUCCCAGCUUGUGCUGAGGAUGUUUGAUCUCAUACAGGCACAAGUACAGGACCAUCCUGGCAGUGCAGCACUGCACCUCGUUAACAGUGCAGUAAAAACCUUCAAGGAGUUAGGGGUUUUCAAAGUGGAGGCGGGAGUGAGAGAACCAUUGCUGGAACUCAGUGAAACGUUUCAGCAACUUGACAGUGGACUGAAGCUGCAACAAUAUAUUCAACAAUUCUGUUGAAGAGUACAUCCUGCAAACAGCAUGGAAAGGAACUGCAGAGGCUGGUUAAAACCGAAGAUAAGACACAAUAAGCUGGAGUAAUUCAGCGGGUCAGGAGAAAAGGAAUAGGUCUUGGCCCAACACGUCUCCAGAGAUGCUGCCUGACUCGAUGAGUUACUCCAGCUUGUUGUGUCUAUAUCCAUGCAAACAGUUGGAUUCUGUCAGAUGACAAGUUUGUCCCAGGAUCAUUUCUGAAAGGGGAGACUUCAGUGUGUAUCUAGAGUGCACUGGUACUUCCACCAAAGCCAAACCCCUCACAAUGUGUUUCAAGAACGGACAUGGUUAUUGUGGGUGGAGCAGAAAUCAAACUCUGGGUCAGGCAGCAUCUGGGGAGGGAAAUGGACAGUUGUUAGAAAAAUAGGUGCCAUUCGGCCCUUCGAUCCAGCACCGCCAUUCAACAUGAUCAUGGCUGAUCAUCUAAAAUCAGUACCCCGUUCCUGCUUUCUCCCCAUACCCCUUGAUUCCGUUAGCCCCGAGAGCUAUGUUUAACUCUCUCGUGAAAACAUCCAGUGUAUUGGCCUCCGCUGCCUUCUGUGGCAGUGAAAUUGCACAGAUUCACAUCUCUCUGGGUGAAAUGGUUUUUCCUCUCAUUCCUCUGUUGUUCUGGGUCGGGACCAUGCCGUCUCGGUAAGGUUAUGUUGUAAGGACGCAUGCAGUUUCCCAGCCAGUAUAGAGGGCGGCUGAUCAUGAGGGAAUCGUAGACAGACACCGCGGUGUGAAAAAUGCCGUGCGAGCCUCUGUAUUUGUUUUGUGCAAUUGGGAAAAACAGCCUUAUUUUGAGUGUGUUGAUUGAUUUAGAUUUUCUGAGGUUGAAUUUGCUGCCUUGUACUCGUUCAAUGUUUGAAUAAAGCACGGAGAAUUAGAAUGAAUAAAACCAGCCGUCGAUGCACGGUCUUCAGUGGAAAUGAUCACAGUGAGAAGUCAUGCAACCAUCUUCUGCUCUUGAAAGGACUGAUACAAUCACUGAUCAGUUUUACUGAUUUUCUCUCCUCUUAAAGCUGGUGGUUGCAUUGGAAUUCAUUUGACUGAUGUAUUCUUUUUGAAUUCUCAUCCAAGUCAAAUCUGGUCUGCACAGGAAAUGUUCACUGUCGGUGCAGGUGCCUGGAACAAGGUGAUCAUAGAAACAGCCCCUCGUCCCAACUUGUUCACGCUGAGAUGCCCCAUCUACACUAGUCCCUCCUCGUAUUUGCCCCAUAUCCCUCUAGACUGUUCCUAUCCAUGCACCUGUCCAAAUGUCUUUUGAAUGGUAUUGUACCAGCCUCAACUACCUCCUCUGGCAGCUUGUUCCACAUUCCGCAAUGUUCUGUGUGGAAAAAGUUGCCCCUCAGGUUCUCCCUCUCAACUUAUACCUGUGACCUCUGGUUUUGAUCACCCUACUCUGGGUAAAGUCUCGGUGUAUCUACACCCCAUCGAAUCUCCUCGUGAUUUUAUAGACGCAUCUCUAUAAAAACCAUCCCUCAUCCUCCUGUACAACAAUGAAUAAUGUCCUAGCCUGCCCAACCUCUCCGCAAGCUGAAGUCUUAGCAACAUCCUCGUAAAUCUUCUCCUUACUGUGCCACGGAAAUAGUGGAGGCAGAUGUCAAAGGUGGCGUUGAAGAGGCUUUUAGUCAGGCACGGGGAGAUGCGGGGAAUGGAACGAUAUGGUCCACAUGCAGACAGAGGAGAUUAGUUUUACUUGGCAUGCUCAGUGUGGAUAUUGUGGGUCGAAGGGCCUAUUUUACAUUCAGUGUCAAAUGUUCUUUGUGUGCAAGAAUGGGGAGCUGAUGAGACAUUCGAAUUGGAAUUGGAAUUAAUUUAUUCGUCAAGUAUGUAAAAACAUACAAAGAUAUACCAAAAAAAUCAACAAGACACACUUCUACAUAAAAAUGAACAUAAACAUCCACCACAAUACACUAUGGUGGGAGGCAAUAAUGUGUUAUCUUUUUCCCUCCCUUCCUCCCGUGAUCGGGGCGAUUCGAAGCUCCUGUGGUUGGAGCUCCCGAAGUUGAUCCCUGACAAAGGGACCGCAAGCUCCACGAUGUUAGGCUGCAGUGCGGACAGAGAUACGAUACGGAAAACGUUGCAUCUCCGCCAAGGAAAGAGAUUUUAAAAAUGUUUCCCGCCUCCCCACCCCCCACACAAUGCAAAACUAAAGAUACACAAAACACAUUUAACAACAGACUAAAAACAACAAAAGAAAAGGACCAGACAGACUGUUGGCGAGGCAGCCAUCGUACGGCACCACCUAGUGGUCACAUUUUGCCUGACACACG